AUGGAUGGCAACAACCCCGCCCUUCGGUCGCACGUUUCGCAUUUCCAAGGUCAACAGCUCUGGACUGCGCCUGUGGACCCGGAGCCUGCAGAGAAAAACCAAAGCUGCAGCAACAAGGUGUUUGGCCACUUGUCACACAGCCAUGCCAGAGAGACAAGGAGCUGUCACACCAACCAAUACCAAGAGGAGCGUUGUGGGACUUCAAGGUCGUCUGAAGUUCCAGUGGUAAUGCAAGAUCCAGAAGCGGUGCGUGCCAACGACCCUGGGAUGCAAGACCUGCACCUCGAGUGCGACAUCCAGCAGCGCAUGGCAUUGCUGGAAGAAGCUGAGAGCCACUGGGCAUGUGGCGAUGGCGAGAUGGCCAUGGAUGCCAUGGAUGCCAUGUUCAAGAAAGAUUGUGAUCUGUUACGUCUUUUUGCAAUGGUUGCUGCAAAAGCAGAAGGUGCCGAUGAAGAAGGCGUGGAUGAGGGAGAGGAGGCUGAAAAGAUGGCUGUUGGCAGCGGCGGUGCUGCAUCAAGCUCAGCAUCAAAGGGUCCGAAGAAGAAGAAAGGUGCGGUUGACGUGGGUCACCUAGCCAACUGGAGAAGCAAAGCUUCUCAGAUUCCUGCCGGACAAGCUGGUUUCAUCGUGGCAAUCUUCUCCAUCGGCUGUAUUCUCACCUCCUUUCCGCCCAUCAGUAGUUUCUUCUUAGACGAGCUUGGACGGCGGAGUAGCAUCCUCUUGGGUGGCGUGAUAUUCCUAGCUGGUUGUGCUCUUCAAGCUUUGAGCCAGUCCAUGAUAGUCUUUCUGCUGGGCCGCUUAGUGACAGGCACCUCAAUUGGACUGUUGAGUAAUGUGGUGCCCCUCUACCAGGCCGAGAUGGCACCCGCUGAGUUGCGAGGCACCCUGACGUCCAUGUACAACAUGAUGAUCACCACAGGCAUCUUUGUCGCCGCGUUACUGGAUGAAUUUCUGGUGGACAUCGAUGGGGGCUGGAGAACCGCCAUCCUCCUACAGACCAUCCCAGCCAUGGUGAUCUUGGCAUGUAUGCCGUUCCUACCUCGAUCGCCCAGAUGGCUGGUCCAGCAGGGACGCGUGGAGGAAGCCAAAGCAACGCUGCAUACCUUGAGGGGAGAUAGCUAUGCGGAAGAAAAGAUCGUGGAGGAACUGAACGAAAUCGUGGAAGAGUACAAGUUGGAAUGCAACAAUGCCACAGGUUCUUGGAAGGAGGUCUUCACUGGUCGAGUCUUUACGCUCGUCUGCAUCGGUGCGUGGCUGCAAAUGCUGCAGCAACUCGUGGGGAUGAAUGCCUUCAUGUAUUUUGGCCCCCGCGUCUUCAAAAACCUUGGAUUCGAUGCCAACCUUUUCCAGACGCUGGCAAAUGCUGUGAACAUGGUCUUCACCCUCCCGGCGCUCUACUUCAUCGAGUAUACGGGGCGGCGCAGCCUCUUCGUCUUUGGAGCCCUCGGGAUGUCCAUUUCCACCAUCACCCUGGGUCUGCUGGGGAUCUAUGGCACGGUGGGUUCAGGUUUCGGAGACAUUCUGAAGCCGAAGAGUCCAUGGAUCGGGGAUGUGAUGGCCUGCAUGGUGCUGACUUUCAUCGCGUGCUUCGCAUCGACCUGGGGCCCAACUGUCUGGGUCUACUGUGCUGAGAUCUUCCCGUUGCGGCACCGCGCACGUUGUGUGGGCGUGAGCACUAUGACCAACUGGAUUGGGAACUUCCUCAUUGCGCAGUUCACUCCCGUGCUCCUGUCCUCCAUCGGUUUCGGCACCUUCCUACUCUUCGGCAUUUUUUGUCUGAACGCCCUGGUUUUGGGCUGGUGGUUACCAGAGACCAGCGGUGUGCCCUUGGAGCAGAUGGGACUUCUCUUCGACCGUCGCUUGGGCACUGAUGAUGCGGACGUGGUGAACCUCCGCCCGGAGAAGGACAAUGUUGCGAGUUAUGGGUCCACCAAGGCCGCCUGA